AUGGUUGUCAACCAUGAUCGCCUGAAAAAGUGUGUAGAUCGGGACCUACCGUUAUGGCUGUCCCGGUAUCAGGAGAAGUUCAGAGCCCAGUCCCAGGAAGGUGGUGAGUUAAGUAGUGUCCCAUUGUCCCCAGGGGAGAAAACUCCCUCGAGUGAGGUCCCUGGACCUUCCCAGUUGAGCUCGUCCUCAGACAGCCCUCCCCGUAUACCGAGAAAACGGGGGCGCCCACGUAAAGUGCGGUCGCCCUCUACCGAGUCUGCCAAGUCGUCAGAUGGGGAUCUGACAGACUCUGAGCUCUAUUGUUUCUGUCGUAGACCAGACGAUGGGGGGCUAAUGAUUCAAUGUGACCAGUGUGACGGUUGGUUCCACGGGGUUUGUGUGGGGGUCACUUCAGAGGAGGCUUCCUCCCUGGAUCAGUAUAUCUGCCCAGAUUGUAUGGGGGAACCCCGGGUAGCAAACAUUGGUGUUGUUUUGGAGCCCCCAUCUUGGCCCAGGGUAAGACGGGUUACCCUGGCGGUUUUACAGGAAUGGUAA